AAUGCUGGCGAGUCAGUCAGCUGGCGUUGCCAAUCGAGUACGGAUGUGAGUAGCGGUUGGGCAAAGUGUUUAGAGUGUUUUGGAACUAAAUUAUUCCUGUGAAGUGUUUUUGCGAGUGUCGUCCGUCGGUCGUUUCGUUGGCCCUGCUGCCGCAACUUGUGUACUAAAUGGUGUGUAAAUAAAUAUAUUUGAGCAAAUAAUACAUACUUGUAAGCAAAUGUAUGAAAUCGUAUUUCUGUGUAUAAAUAAGUGCGCGUAUGAAAAUUUUAAACCCCGAAAUAAUAUUACUAAUAAGAAAAGGGGCAGCAAAGCAAAGCAAACAACGCACAAAAAUAUUCUCUACUUGAGAAUAAUCAACAACAACAAGCGCACGUCUGCUAAGGUGAACGUAGGGAGAACAGCGGAGCGGGAGACAUAAUGGCAACUGCAAAUAUUGCAUUUACUCUGCGCUGCCGCUACCUAUGACAUUUGGUUUCGUACCUUUAUUGCCGCUGCAGUGACAAGCACUUAUGCUGCUCCACUUAAACGAAAUCUUCUCUGAAACACAAAUCAAACAACUUGCACACAUUGAAAUGCCGCCAAAUGUGCUCAUUUUGUGACAAAAAGUGUCAACAUAUAAAAAUAACAAUAACUACAAAAAAGCUGAAGAAGCAAAACCAUAAAUUAAUACAAAAACGAAAAAAAUAAAAAAAUAAGUAAAAAGUUGUGAUAAUUAAAAAAAAACUAAAAGUGAGAAAAAAUGACGGUAACCUACACCGCGGAGGUGGCAACAUGUCGGGGUUUUGGCUGUUUUUUAAAAUUGUUGCGAAGAUGGCGCGGCAGUAUCUACAAGCUGGUUUGGCUGGAUCUCAUUGCAUUUCUCUUUCUUUACUACCUACUUAGUAUAGUGUAUCGCUUCUGCUUAGAUGAAUAUCAAAAAACAAUAUUCGAAGGCGUUGCAAAAUAUUGCUACAGUUAUAGCGAUCUUAUACCGCUCUCAUUCGUGUUGGGUUUCUAUGUAUCAAUAGUUAUGACACGUUGGUGGAAUCAAUACACCAGCAUUCCCUGGCCCGAUCCGAUUGCGGUCUUCGUUAGCUCCAACGUACAUGGGCAAGAUGAACGUGGACGUGUUAUGCGUCGUACGAUUAUGCGUUAUGCCUGUCUCUGCCUGACGAUGGUCUUGAUCAAUGUAUCGCCACGUGUCAAGAAACGAUUUCCCGACUUAACACAUCUGGUGGAUGCCGGUCUUUUGAAUGAUAAUGAGAAGGCGAUCAUUGAGAGUAUGAAUAAGGGUUUUCCACGUCAUUCAAAACAUUGGUUACCGAUUGUAUGGGCGGCCAGUAUUAUAACAAGAGCACGAAAGGAGGGACGCAUACGUGAUGAUUUUGCGGUGAAAACAAUUAUCGAUGAAUUGAAUAAGUUUCGCGGUCAAUGUGGUCUAUUGAUAUCGUACGAUACGAUCAGUGUGCCGCUCGUUUACACGCAAGUGGUCACAUUGGCGGUAUACUCGUUUUUUCUUUGCUCGGUUAUGGGUCAACAGUGGACGGAGGAUAAGCAGGCUUUUCAAAAGAUCGAUAUAUAUUUUCCAGUAUUCACAACGUUGCAGUUCUUCUUCUAUAUGGGUUGGUUAAAAGUGGCCGAGUCGCUGAUCAAUCCGUUCGGUGAAGAUGACGAUGACUUUGAGGUCAACUGGAUGGUGGAUCGUAAUCUACAGGUCUCCUAUCUAAUUGUCGAUGAAAUGCAUCACGACCAUCCGGAACUCAUCAAGGAUCAAUAUUGGGAUGAAGUGUUCCCCAACGAAUUGCCCUACACGGUGGCAUCCGAACGUUUCCGCGAAGAGCAUCCCGAACCGUCAACGGCCAAAAUCGAGGUGUCGAAUAAAGCCGCCAUGCCAACAACAUUGUCAAGCGUGCGCAUCGACGAAAUGGUUGGUAGCAGAGGGUCAACCAAGCGUUUGUCCUUACAUGAGCAAGCUCAAAAUUCAGACCAAACACAGACACCAAUGCAAGCAGUUAAUUAUAAAUUUCCCGAAAUGUUACAAGAAGAGGAGGCCGACGAUGCCAGCGGCAUACACUUCACAGCCGGCAAUGGCAAGGUACGACACGGCUCCUCUCCCAGCCUCGCCAGCCUAAGUGGCACUUUGUCGCGCGUCAACACGGUGGCCUCGGCGCUAAAACGUUUCCUCAGUCGUGAUGAGCGUCCCGGCUCUACGACACCUGUCGACGAUGGCACACAGAAAAUGCGCUUCCCCGGCAGCGCCAGCUCGGCCAGUCUUACGGGCAAUUUAGUUACGAAACCUCCCGGUAGUUUGCGCAUCACAGAUCAAGUCAUCGAAGAAGUGGACGAACAGACCACGAUCACUUCGCAUCGAGCCAACGAUCAGGUGCGUCCAAAUUUGCAUGAUAUAUUUUUGCCAGGAUUGGCGUCGGUAAGCAACGGUGCGCAUUCCGAACCAAUGGAUAUACCGCAACGGCCCACUUCGUAUAUGCGUACACAAUCCACUUACGAGCCGACGCUGUUUCCACCAGGCGGUGUGGAGGCUUUACUGAGCACGUCAGCGCCCACGAAUGGCAGUCCACGCAUGGUUCAAACUGUGCCGAAUUCGCCGGCGGAUCCCUCUAGCACCAAAUCACUUUUCGAUCGACAAGUGAAUACGGAUAAGGGCAGUCGCGAGCAGGCAAAAUUCAUUCAUUUUCAUUUAAUCGUCUUUUUUGUUCUGACAAACAACAGUAGAACGUCCCCCAGAAGUGCCGCAGAUUUUCAGAUGGUAUUUGUCGACUGUCGAUGACAUGGACACGAAGUCCACAACCGAUGCACCCGGCGUCGAGGACGAGGGCGACGACUUCGACAAAUUGAAAGCAACGCGCGAAAAGGAACGCUUGCAGCGACAACAGCAGAAGCUGGCACGCACAAUCAGCACAGCGCCCGGCAUAGAUGGUGGGCCGACUGUGGUGCCCGUAGUGGCAGCAGCGUUAAUAGCUGCGACAACUGCACCGGUGGCGACACCAGUAACGGCAGCACCAGCAGCAGCGCCAGUGCGUCCACUCUCGACCAUCUCAUCGGGCAAAGAUCUCUCGACAAAUGACCCGGACGCCAGUGUGGAACCUGUCACCACAUCAACAGCAAAAGCCUCGCCGGACAAUGAGGGCUGAACGCCUGACACCUAAGAAUUUGUAAGUGCUACGGUGCUCGCGAAAUGUAUGCGAAAAUGUAUUUUCAUGAAAGAAAUUGAUAAAAUGUGCCCAGCAUUUUUACUUCUGCAUUAUUAUUAGACUUAAGUUUAUGGCAAUCAAACACAAAUCUUCGAAUUUGCAACAACUUAGCGUUUAAGUUGCCUCAAGACCCAAUAAACAAAUAUAAAUUGUGGGUCUUAUGUAAUUUAAGUCAACGUGUGCUCUGUUAUUAGCGUGUAGCGUAGCAUAGUUUUGUGCGCAAAGUUCCGGAAAUGUAUAAGAAGUUUUACAAUAACUAUUUUUCUACGAAAAAUUCGGGAGUGAGAAAUGUUAUUUAUGUAUGUAUAUAAAAAAUACCGUAUAUUAUUUGAAAAUUUAUGUUAUAUACACCGGUCCAAUUACAUAGCUCGUUUAGAAAUAUUUUUAAAUUCCAUAUGUUUGGUGCUUCUCUUUUAGUCGCAUUAGGCGCAAAUGCUCAAAAAAAUUGCUGAAUCAAACAAUAAGACAAAUAAUAUGUAUACAGUUAUAUACUUGUAAUAUAUGUAUGUAUUUAUAUACAUAUUUAUACCACAUAAAAUAAUAAAAGCUAAGCUAAACAUUCUAAGUGAUAUAUUCAAAAGACAUAAAUGAGUUAUUUUUCGAAGCGGUUAUAUUAUUUUUUACUUAGCAGCUUACAUAAAUGUAAUAAAAUUCAAAACCUUACAUAUAUCUAUGUCAAGAAAAUCAAAAGGUAUAUACAAUUAUAUAUGUUUAAGUGAUCAUCAUUGACGAUAUUAUAAAGCGUUUUGCUGUAUAGUUUUUUGCAAUUUAGCAAAGCGAAUCGGUUGUGCGAGCAUUUGUUUAAGCAAGAAAAA